GCAUUUUUUGUCAAAUUAAUUAGUCAAACGCUAGCCAUUGAAUCGACUAGCACGGAUUCUGUGAAAGCAUCAUGAGAUUCAACGCUUCUUUGCUGGCCUUUUUGGCUUGCUUGAGUUUCUCGGCAGCUCAAGAAGUAGGAAGUUUUUCAGAAAUCGUUUCAUCUCUGGAACGCGGAAUUUUCCUGCAAAUCAACAUCGAUGUGGAACAAUGCACCGCAAUUUCAGAUCCUUUUCCAACCAGCAACUUGUUCAUUAGCAUGCCCAUGAGAUUAUGGAGCCAUCAGACGACGAUUGAUGAAACUUCUGGGCAACCUGUGCAAGUCGUUAAUGCCGAAGAUUUCUAUCUUGAAGCGGGCUCGACCGCCGUGGAUUGGGUUGCAAGAAAUGUGCAAAUCAGUGAGGAUGGAACUGCGUUGCUAAAAAUAUACGUCGGAGGAGUUGUUGAUCCGUCUUCGAGUUUUGAAUUUGGCUGUCAGCUGGGUUCUUCGGCCAUUGUUCAUUAUGUCGACGAAGUCAAUGCC